UAAAAUAAAAUAAAAAAAAAGUGUAAAACGCACGCUAACCCCGAAACAACUGACGCCCUCGCGUAAACAACAAGCAAACCCAGUUUUUCGCUCGGGAAUUUUUCACCAAGUUCCGUCUCGAAAGAAGCUUAUAAGUAACAGACGAGAAGAAUGAGGUGGCCAGGCGAGCCGAAGCCCCUCCACGGCGGUCUGCAGGUCCGCGAGGACGACUGCUCGUACGUUUGGCAAAUUCCGGUGAGCGAGCGCUGCGACUGGGUCCGCAAGACCGAUGACUGCCGCGUCGACUCCUUUGUGCCCUACCCGACUCUGCUCUUCUGCAGCUUCGGCACCGAGAGCUCGGCCGUGUUUGCCCUCGGACUCGCGCUGCUGGUCCUCUGGCUGCUCUAUCUGUUCCUCGUUCUGGGCACCACCGCCGACACCUUCUUCCGUCGCAGCUUCUGCCCGUCGCUCUCGAUCAUCGCCUCGGUGCUGAGGCUGUCGGAGAACAUCGCGGGCGUGACGAUCCUGGCCUUCGGCAACGGCUCGCCGGACAUCUUCACGUCGCUGGUGACGAGCGAGGACGAGCGGCUGAUCAUGUUCACCGAGCUCAUCGGCGCCGGCGUCUUCGUCACGGCCAUUAUCGCCGGCUCCGUCGUCGUCUGCUCGCCCUUUCGACUGCAGCCCAGGUACUUUGUCCGGGACGCCUGCUUCUACAUCCUGGCCGCCUGCUGGAUCAGCUACGUCGUGGGCGACGACGUGGUGCACCUGUGGGAGGCUCUCAGCUGCAUCCUCAUCUACGUCCUGUUCAUCGUGGUGGUGGUGUCGAUGCAAAAAGCGGAGAACCGUCGCGACCGUCGCAACAAGCGUAUGCCAAGGCUGCAGGACCCGGAGGUACUGCGGGCCUUCGUGGAGAAUCGUCGCUCGGACUCGGGAGCACCGCUGCCGAGGCCGCUGCGCUCGCGAGCCUUCGACGUCCAGGCGAAACUCGACGUCGCCAUCACUCGCGAGGUCGAGCGGGAAGGCGCUGCAGCAACCGGUUCCGUCCUCCCUCCACCCCCGUCCACGUCGAGGCCUCGCGGACUCGUCCGCGAAUUCUUCUACGACGCCAGCCCCAUAAACCUGGACGAGUGGCGUCGCUCUAAGCCGACGGUGAAGCUGCUGCUGGUGCUGCGGGCGCCCUUCAUGCUGGUCCUUCAACUCUGCGUGCCGGUCGUCAACGAGACGGCCGAGAAACGCGGCUGGUCGAAACUGCUCAACUGCGCGCAGAUUUGGCUGACGCCCCUCGUCGCCCUUUGCGUGCUCGAGUUGUGGGACGCGCGGCUGGGACCCGUUCCUCUGAUGCUCGCCUUCUUCUGCUGCACCACUGCGAUCGCGCUGCUCAUCUUCUGCACGACUGCCGUGGAUCGGAUCCCCAAGUACCACAACGCUCUGGCGUUUGUGGGAUUCCUGACGGCGAUGCUGGUCGUUUACGCGGUCGCCCAGGAAGUGAUGGCCGUGCUGGAGUGCGUCGGCUUCGCCAGUGGCAUCUCCGAUGCUAUGCUCGGCAUCACCCUACUCGCCUGGGGCAACAGCGUUGGCGGUAAAUACUUUUCGCUUCCACGCGAUGUGUGUGCGGGGACGCGCGGACGGACUAAUUACGCGCGAGCCGCGGCGAGCCGAGCUGAUGGGGUGCAGGGCACCAAGACACUUUAUGACGAUGUUGUAUGCAUAGGGAGAGGGCUAGUCAGCUGCUGGAUUUUGGGGGUGCGAUGAUUACUACUGCUCGUUUGCGGAUGGGUUGCAGGUAUCGUUCGAAAUUUAUUUGACCGAUGCGGCCGUAAUUUUUCUGUUUUAUUUGCAGACCUGAUAUCCAACGUAACGAUCGCCCGAAAGGGCUACC